AUGCUGGGUCUGCGAGACGUCUGCUUUGACCCCAUGCUGAGCUCCUACGACUACCAUCCGAUAUCACUAAUGAGCACCGUACCCAACGACCGAGAAAUCGUCCAGGCCGUGGUCGACAUCUGGCGCAAAGACAAGGCCACCGAAAAGCUCGGGGCCGCGAAGCUCACAGGACUGGUGAAGCUGACCCACUCGGACUGGCAGUUGAGUGAAAAGCGAGUCAAGACGGUUAUGAAGGCUGCCAACCUGGGUCUGAACCAGGAAAAGUUCUGCUACGCGGGGUCUAUUAUGUCGCACGCGACUCCAGGGCUCGAUAUGCCUGAAAAAGUGACCCUCAACAUUGCCAAGAACCGAGGCAAGGGCCUAUAUGCCAAGAAGGAUAUCAAGAAGGACGAGGAGCUGUGGAACGAGCAGGCGUUUCUGCUGGUUCCUCCUCUGGAGCAUGUUGGUAUCAUGCGUAAGGGCAUGGGCUGUGCCUUUUGUUCGCGGCCCUUCCAGUCGCACAAUGGAGUGGAAUGUCCGUCUUGUGCUGCCAAGUGGUGCGACAACCAGUGCAAGAAGAAGGACGUCACUCAUGUGGCCAUGUGGCACGAGAGUAGGCAUGGGAAAGUGACGAGGGUGGAGUGGCGUGCCUUUGAGGACUUCUGUGUGGAAAAUGGCUGGAUGGCUCUGUAUGCUCUGGGCCUACUGUGGCUGCGGGUCAUCAGAGACCCUAAAAAGGACGAGGUGCAGAAGCAGAUGAUGGCGUUUGCGCGGGUCGGCCAGGAUGAGCGCCACAAGGCCGUGGAGCAGUCCAACUCACUGUUUGCGUCCGAGCAGUCUGAGGUGCUGUGGAAGAAGGGCUACGAAAUGCUGGACAAGCUACUAUUGGACACGGAGUUUUCUUACGAGAAGGACUUUCUGCCCGGACUAGGCAUGUUCAACAUUAACAACGUGGACGGAAACAUGUACUUAACCCAGAGUCAUCUCAACCACUCGUGCGAACCCAAUGUGGAUGUCAAGAACGUGGGCCGAACGCAGGGCAUUUCUGUGCGUGCCAAGCGAGAUAUCAAGACCGGAGAAGAACUGUUCACCACGUAUGUAAACCCUGAGCACCAGUUGGAUGACCGACGAUACAAUCUGCGAGUCAACUGGGGCUUCAACUGCAACUGUACCCGGUGCAAGAGGGAGGAGAGAGAGGAGAUGGAAUACCUGGACGAGCUGGUGUCCAACUGGACCAUUGAGCACAAGCGCAAGGAGAUGAAGGAGGAGAAGAAGGAGCGAACUCGAACCAGAACCCGAAGUGUUCAUUUCGAUAAGGAGCCUGAGGUGGUGGCAUGA